AGUCUGCACUCACUAAAAGAUUUAGUGAAACGGUUACAACUGCUGAUCUUCACUUGGAAUUUCUGGAUGAAAUGUUCAAAACUUUCGCAUUCCCAGCAUCAACUAUAACUCAAUUGGAUGCAGUGCUUACCAGUAUCGUAAAUCAGCUGAAAUCCCUUAACCUUAAAUGGGAAUCAACGGAUCAGGACGUUGGAUUUUUUACUAGAUUCUAUUAUUUUGAACCUGUGGUCGGUUUACCUGUUAAGAUACCGAAGAUACGCUUGUUCUACUUGCAUAUUGAUAGUGCUUCAUGGAAUGCAUCCAUUGGGAAGGCUUCAGCGAAAAAAAUUAGUUUCGCUAUGACCUACAAUGACUUCGUAUUUAGUAUGAAUGAAGACCUAAUGGAACAUUACAAAGAAACUAUUUCUUAUCAGAUUAAAAAAUUGGCAGGAGAUAAACUGAAAGAAAUUGAGGCAGUCUUAUCACCUAAAACUGUGUCGGCAUGA